UUUGACGUUUGAUGCUAACGUCACACGUCACUCUUCCGUUCCUCAGCAGUCGCCAUUUGCAUUUUGGAAUUUCCCAAGAACACGGAAUUUCGUUAUUUCCGUUAUUCCAUUUCUGCUCCGGAUUUCGAAUUUUCCCUUUUGGUGGCGUUUGUGUUUUGUUACGUAGUGUGAAAUGUUGAAAAAUUUGUGUUAUUGUCAAUAAAAUAUCUACUUUUAGGUAAAGUGAGAAAAUGGCCGAUUCUGUGGAAAGGGCAAGAUGCUUUUUUGAUAUCUCCAUUGGGGGCCUCAAUAGCGGCAGAGUAGUUUUUGAGCUUUAUACAGACAUUGUCCCGAAAACUGCUGAGAAUUUUAGGGCUCUGUGUACAGGAGAGAAAGGGCUCGGGGCGGAAACCAAUAAGCCCCUUCAUUAUAAGGAUGUUGUAUUUCAUAGAGUGGUGAAAGACUUUAUUAUACAAGGAGGUGAUUUUUCAAAUGGUAAUGGAACUGGAGGCGAAAGCAUCUACGGAGGCACUUUUGAAGAUGAAAACUUUACGUAUACUCAUGACAAACCUUUCUUGCUAUCGAUGGCAAAUAAGGGAAAAAAUACUAAUGGGUCACAGUUUUUCAUUACAACACAACCGGCCCCACACCUCGACAAUGUUCAUGUUGUAUUUGGAAGAGUAGUGACCGGAGCUGACGUUAUACGGCAAAUUGAAAAUUUACCAGUCGAUGCCAAUAGUAGACCAUUACAAGAUGCCAAAAUUCUUAAGUGCGGCGAACUUGUUAGGCAUGUUAAAGCCAAGAAGAUAAAGAAGCCAGCUGCUGAAGAUGGAGAACAAAGUAGCAAUUCUGAGUCAGAUGAUAGUGCUAAAAAAUCUAAGAAAAAAAGCAAAAAAGAUAAAAAGAAAAACAAAAAAUCUAAAGAGAAAGAGGAAGGAGAAGAAUCAGACCAAGAAGACGAAGAAGGUGAAGUCAAAGAACCUCACUGGCUAGUGACACUGUCAAAUAUUAAACCCGAGGAUAUUCCUGAAGUACCUUCAAAUAAAUUUCUAAUGAGAGGAGGACCAAUUAAAGAAAGAGAUCAUAAAGAUAAAAGGAGAGGAGAUCGUGAUCUUGAUAGGGACCGUGAUCGUAAUGACAGAUACAGAAGAAACAGAAAUGCCUAUAAUAAUGGAAACGAUAGAAAUAGACGUCGAAGACCUGUAAUUACAACUAAAAGUGGCAGAGUUGUCAAGGGCAGAGGUCGAUUUAGAUUUCAUACACCUUCAAGAAGUAGGUCAAGAAGUGGAACCCCCUUACAUUGGAAACAGGAGGAAAACAGAGUAAUAAAACUCUCUGAACUGGAGAAAAUUGAAGCUGAAAAAAAGAAGCGCGAGCAAAAGAAUCUACUUCUCUCAAUUACCCAGACACGACGUCGGUACCCUUCAACGGGUACUCCACCAACUUCACCGCCAAGAAGAUCAGAAAAACGUCAAGACUAUGACGCUUUAGAUGAGCCUUUGGACUAUGAAAACCACAGUGAAGAGGAUCUACCCAAAAGAAAAGUUCCGAGUUUGGUCCAGUAUCCAUUACCAGGACAAUAUAAAGAGUUUAAAAAUCAGAAUGAGCGCAAUGAAGCUGAACAACCAGCUGUGGAAGAUCAAAUAGUAAAUGAACGUUCUGAUAUUUUGGCCAUGGCCCUUGGAGUUCAGAUAAAGAAAGGAGAUGAUCCUCAGACAGGGGAUAUAGUUUUUAGUGGUUAUGCUAAAAAGCAACAACAGCAAGCGUUGCAGCAUCAGCAAUCCCAGCCAAUGAAACAGCAGCGUCAUCUCAGUAAACUGGAUCAGGUCAACGCUCGUCUAGCAAAAAUGGCCGGGCAAGAAAUACCCAGACAUUUGACCCGAAUGAACAAUAAUAAUGAUUCUAAUCAGGAGCGCAGAGGCAGGAAUAAAUUUGAAAUUGAAAAACCACCAAUGAACAGAGAGCAUCAGGAAUCUUAUAGAAAUGGUCGCUUCAAUAAUGAUAAUAAUCUGCGUUCUAGACAUGAACAUAGACCAAUUGAAACGCCAAGGAGUCGCGUUGAGGUGGUCAAAAAAAAUGAGGGACAUGAAAGAGAUAGAGAACAUCGAAGAACCGAUAGAGAAAGAAGGCACAAUUCUAGAUCCAGGGUUGAAGAAAGGGACAGAAAUAUGAGAACUGUUGAUCAGCACAUAAGAACUGAAGAAAAGGUUAGACAUCGGAAUGAUCAGCAUUCUAGAAGGAGUGAGGAAAGGGAUAGGUAUAGAAGAAAUAUUGAUCAACAUGUUAGAAGGAGUGAAGAAAGGCGUCAUAGAAAUAAGUCCAGAUCCCGUUCAGUUGAAAAACCGAAAAUUGUUAAGAAGGAGCAACCUAAAAAACUGGAUGAUAUGGAGGCCGAAGAGAAGUUUAAGAAACUGCUCAUUUUGAGAAAGAAAAUGGAAUUGUUAGAGUUGAAGAAGAAAAACGAAGAAGAUCAGAAAGUCCUGGAAGAAAAGCAGCGUAAAGCCAAAGAGGAGCAAGAAAUGCUGGAAAGAGCUAAAAAGGCCAAACGUGAAGCCAUUGAAAAGGAGAAACUUAUAAAGACCAUGAAAGUUUUGCAGGAAAUGGAGCAAAAAACCUCUUCUAAGAAACGAAGAAGUCCUAGCUCUUCAUCCUUGAGCAGUAGCAGUGACGAUUCAAGGGACAGAAGGAGGAGGAAGGCUUUUGGUAGAAAACCCAGGGCCAGUUCUAAGGGCAGGUCUAGAAGGAGGGCUUCUAGUAGCAGCUCAAGCUCAGAUUCCUCAAGAGAUAGAAGAAUGAAACGGCGUCGUUGAAAAUAUUCACUCUAUAUAUAAUUUUAUGUAGCUUACCUAAGUUGCUUGGUAUAUUCAUGAUAAAUAGAUAAUUAUCAAGGUUUGUCUUUAGUAAUAAACAGUGGAUUAAUAUCACCAAAUUAAUUUUUAGUUUUUAUUUAUGUCUUUCGUACCUAUAUUCAAAACCUUAUACAAAUCUUCUAUACUUCCAGUUAUUGACUGUUUGUUUUGGAUUUGUUGAAAACCAAUAAUAUGUACUAAUAAUAUAGAGAGCUGC